CGAUCGAUCUGGCUGGCUUCACGGGCCUCCUCUCACUCGCUUUGCGCAGUAACUGUUUUUGACGUGAAACGGUACGUAGUUUAGCAAAGUGCCUCUACGGCCGUGGUUGCGUUGCGUGUACUUGAUCCAGUUACCAGUGCUUGUAAAAUUUGCAACAUGCAUGUGACCCCGCAAUGGUGCUUAAGAACAAAGAUUUAACCUACCCAGGAUUAGGAGUUGCAAAACCCAGUCUAAGUGAAGUCAUUUGUGGGAAAGUUUCGAAAACCUGGCUAAUUGUUGUUAUUCAAGUUUGCUGUAGCUGAAGUGACGUAGUGAGCAAAAUUGUGACUCUGUCGAAACGAUUGGUGGAAAACGAAAGCUGCUACCGUAUUAAAGUGAUCGUGGUGAUCGUCGUUCGUUGCUUAGUAAUGAACUCUAGGGAUCAGAGAGAAACAACUUCGAUUCCGCGCAAGUGUACGCGCUGUUACAUAUAUUUUAAAUGAUAUAAUUUAUACUGACCGACGGAGAAGGGGAAACGGAAAGCGUACGAAAUGUGGAACAAUUUCAGAGAAAAUAUGGACGACUACGGCGAGUCGACGGGCCUGCUAGAGCAGCAGGUCGCUUCCGUUAGGUUACCCAUCAUCGGCAUGACCUGUCAGUCAUGCGUGCGAAACAUCGAAGGAAAUAUUGGCAGCAAGCUAGGUAUCAUCAAAAUCAGUGUGAUACUAGCGGAGAAUGCAGGCUACAUAGACUACGAUCCGACGCUCACGGAUCCGGCACAUAUCGCUGCCGACAUCGAUGACAUGGGCUUCGAUUGUUCCUACAACGAUGGAGUAGAUAGGCCAAAAGCCAAUGCCAACAGCAGUGGGGUAUCACUAGCUCGAAUAAGCAUACACGGAAUGACCUGUCAGUCCUGUGUGAGGAACAUCGAAGGAAAUAUGCAGGGCAAAACCGGCAUACGGUCAAUCAAAGUAAUGUUGGAGCAAAAGUUAGGUCUAGUGGAGUACGACAGGGAUCUCACGAAUCCUGAACGAAUAGCGGAACAAAUAGAUGAUAUGGGUUUUGACGCUAAAGUAGCUACAGAGGAGAGUGAAUAUCAAAAGACUGACGAAAGCCAAAGUGCUAACGAUAGCAGCAUUAAGACGACCCGUUCGGCGAAGUUGAUUUCAAUCGACGAGGGCCUCACUUCAUCGAACGGGCAUGCGAACAGUAAGCAGGUCCAGUUACAGGAAAGUUUGAAGCGAUGCUUCCUGCAUAUCCAGGGAAUGACAUGUGCUAGUUGUGUAUCAGCGAUCGAAAAACACUGCAAAAAGAUAUACGGAGUAGAAUCGAUUUUGAUUGCGCUGCUGGCAGCGAAAGCGGAAGUUAAGUAUGACGAUGCGUUAACCGGCCCGGAAGAUAUUGCCAAAUCGAUCUCCGAUCUUGGUUUUCCAACUGAAAUUAUAAACGAACCAGGGACUGGGGAGGCCGAAGUGGAAAUUGAAAUCCUAGGAAUGACGUGCGGUUCUUGUGUUGACAAAAUUGAGAGAACCGUUUUGAAACUACCAGGUGUUCUAAAAGCUUCCGUAGCAUUAACUAUUAAACGGGGACGUUUUGCGUUCAAUAACGAAAAGACUGGAGCACGAACGAUCUGCGAAACAAUUCAGCAGCUUGGCUUUGAGGCGACGGUUUUAUCGAACAAAGAUAAAAUGGCACACAGUUAUCUUGAACACAAGGAGGAGAUCCGGAAGUGGCGAAACACUUUCCUCAUUUCAUUGGCAUUCGGUGGCCCCUGCAUGAUCGCGAUGAUCUACUUCAUGGUGCUGAUGGAGACACAUAGUCACGAGGAAAUGUGUUGUGUUUUGCCAGGUUUGUCGCUGGAAAAUCUCAUCAUGUUUAUUUUCUCCACACCGGUGCAGUUUUUCGGAGGAUGGCAUUUUUAUAUUCAAGCGUACCGGGCCGUGAAGCACGGGGCCAGCAAUAUGGACGUACUGAUCACGAUGGCUACCACCGUUAGCUACAUUUAUUCGGUGGCAGUUCUUAUUGUGUCAAUGCUGAUGCAGCUAAAAACAACUCCGGUUACGUUUUUUGACACCCCACCGAUGUUGAUCAUUUUUGUCUCGCUCGGACGCUGGCUGGAGCAUAUCGCCAAGGGAAAAACUUCGGAAGCGCUUUCGAAGCUACUCUCGCUGAAGGCCACUGAAGCGGUGCUGGUGGUGCUCAGCGAUGACUACGAGGUUCUCUCGGAGAAAAUCAUCUCAGUGGAUCUGGUGCAGCGUGGUGACACACUGAAGGUCGUUCCCGGCAGUAAGGUUCCAGUGGAUGGCAAGGUUCUCUGUGGCAAUUCCACCUGCGACGAGAGUCUCAUUACCGGUGAAUCCAUGCCUGUUCCAAAAAAGAAGAACUCCGUUGUCAUUGGAGGUUCCAUCAACCAAAACGGGCUGCUGCUAAUGACUGCUACGCACACUGGAGAGAACACUACCCUGGCGCAGAUCGUGAAGCUGGUUGAGGAAGCACAAACCUCGAAGGCGCCAAUUCAGCAGUUGGCGGACAAGAUUGCCGGCUAUUUUGUGCCGUUUGUGUUGGCUGUCUCCGGUGUAACGUUAGCCGGGUGGAUCAUUGGCGGGUUCAUCGAUAUCACAAAUAUUCCCCUAUCGGAUGCUGCCAAGGAGGGUUUGAACCGGGAAGAGAUAAUUUUCAGUUAUGCUUUCCGUUGUGCACUCAGCGUGCUAGCGAUCGCUUGUCCAUGUGCGCUGGGUUUGGCAACACCUACCGCUGUGAUGGUUUCCACGGGAGUUGGUGCGUUACACGGGAUUCUCGUAAAAGGAGCUGGACCGUUGGAAAAUGCCCACAAAGUCAAGACAAUCGUGUUCGAUAAGACUGGAACCGUGACUUACGGUAUGCCAAUGACUUCCAGGAUCUGUAUGUUCGUGAAACCUAAGGUUUGUACUUUGGUGCGGGCUCUGAGUAUUUUAGGCUCAGCGGAAGUGAACAGCGAGCAUCCGAUCGCAACGGCUGUGGUAAAGUUUGUGAAGGAAGCCCUAGAAAUAGAUGCGUUUGGAAAGUGUUCUAACUUCAUGGCCGUACCGGGGUGCGGGAUACGUUGCGUGAUAUCCAACAUCGAUGGCAUUAUUAAUCAAGCCUCGCGGUCGGAAAAAAUGAAAAAUUUUCAAAACUCGUACAAAAGUGAUUCCAGUGCUCUCAGUUUUAUAACAGGUACAGCAGUUGAAGAGAUAAUACCGCAUUUGAGUCCUUCGCAGAAAAACACAAUUGAGCUGCAGCAACUGCUGCAACUGGAGACCAUUGAAGCGGAAGAGAAUGGGGAAGCGUUCUCAAGGGUUAACGAGUACAAUGUAUUGAUCGGCAACCGUGAAUGGAUGAAUCGAAAUGCAAUCGUUGUUCCACCCGAGAUCAACAUCAAAAUGACCGAGGACGAACAAAUGGGCAACACGGCCAUUCUGUGCGCCAUCAACAGUCAGCUAAUUUGUAUGGUGUCUGUGUCGGAUAUGGUAAAACCGGAAGCCCACCUAGCGGUUUACACGCUGAAGAAGAUGGGCAUUGAAGUCAUCCUGCUGACGGGCGACAACAAGAAUACUGCGGGAAAUAUCGCCCGUCAGGUUGGAAUCAAUCGGGUCUUUGCGGAGGUGCUUCCGUCUCACAAGGUGGCAAAAAUCCAGCGGAUACAGGAGAACGGUAUGCGCGUAGCAAUGGUUGGGGAUGGUGUGAACGAUAGCCCGGCUCUGGCUCAAGCAGAUGUGGGUAUUUCAAUUGCGUCCGGGACGGAUGUCGCUGCCGAAGCGGCCGAUGUCGUGUUGAUGAGGAAUGACCUGUUGGAUGUUGUUGCGUGUUUGGAUCUGUCUCGGAAAACAGUGCGUAAAAUUCGUCUCAAUUUCCUGUUUGCCAGUAUUUACAACUUACUCGGUAUUCCACUGGCGGCGGGAAUAUUCACUCCUUUCGGAUUUGUUCUAGAGCCCUGGAUGGCAUCGGCCGCGAUGGCACUCAGUUCGGUUUCGGUGGUGUGUUCCUCGCUGAUGUUGAAGUUGUACAAGAAGCCCACUCAAGCUGCCUUACAGACCGCAGAAUACAUGGCCCUGGUCGAGGCUGGUGCCCUGCUGGAUCCGGACACGGUGUCCGUGCAUCGCGGGCUGGACGAUAUACCUCGACCAAACUUUGGUCGCUCCACCAGCUCCACGCUGGCCAAGUUAUUCAACCGCGGACACAAGGAUAACAACGAUGACCGCCUGCUGGCGUCGCACGCAAUGACGGAUGAUGACGAGUUUAGUGUGGGAAUAGUGAAAUCACUUAACGCCGGUAUUUACAAGGACUCCACCGAAAUGCAAAGGCUCUAGAGUAGGUGUCCAAUUCACCGAGGAUUUACGAUUGCUGUUCCGAAGUGAAGAAGUGACUACUUAAUCGCACCACGCAAGCCACUCAGUAUCUUCCAGCGGAAGCUCGCCAGGGACAGCCAUGGUACUGAGCAGCAGCCGUCUUUCUUUUGCGGAUGAUGUUUUUCUCGAAAUUCUUUGCCCAUUUAUCGCCAUCUAUUACUCAUUGUUAUUCAGUGAAUUUGUGAUAUGUUCUGCAAUUAUCGUCAUAAGGUUUUUUUUUCUAUAGUUUUGACAAGUUUAUCGCUUAUAUAUUAUCGGUUUUCUGCCUUAUUUUGCGUACUUAUCAUAGGCACAAAUCUAUCCAAUCGGACCAUCGUCUUUAUAGUCUUUAAGUGCAACUGUGAACAUAUCGAGCAGCGCUAGUUUGAGCUGCCCGGUAAAACGAAGUUUUAUACAUAUAUGUUUGUUAC